GUAUCAAAGCCUCAAAGAUGAGACGGAGACCAACCAAUCUUGUUUCUCUCUCUUUUUUUCUUUCUCUAGUAUUUACUUUCAUCCUCUUCACACACACGGCCAUAUCACAAAACACAACAAUCCCAGUUAACGUGGGUGUGAUUCUUAACGAAAAUGGAGAAUUUGAGAAGAUGAGUUUGAGCUGCAUCAACAUGGCGCUUUCAGACUUUUAUGCCACCAAUUCUCACUACAAAACCAGGCUGAUUCUCAACACCAGACACUCCAAGAGCGAUGCUAUUGGUGCAGCUGCUGCUGCUCUAGACUUGAUAAAGAAUGUGAAAGUGCAAGCCAUAAUAGGACCAGAGACUUCCACACAAACCGACUUUGUUAUUGAUCUUGGAAACAAAUCUCAAGUGCCCAUUCUCUCAUUUUCUGCAUCAAGCCCUUCUCUUACUUCUCUUAGAAGUCCAUAUUUCUUCCGGGCUACGCAAAAUGACUCCUCUCAGGUUGGUGCCAUCACGUCAAUUAUUCAAGCCUUUGGUUGGAGAGAAGUUGUGCCCAUUUACGUGGACAAUGAGUUUGGUGAAGGAGUCAUACCUUAUUUAACCGAUGCAUUGCAAGCUAUUGACACACGCGUCCCUUACAGAAGUGUCAUUUCUCCUAUCGCUACUGAUGACCAAAUUGUUGAAGAGCUUUACAAGUUAAUGACUAUGCAAACUAGAGUGUUCAUUGUGCACAUGUUGCCUUCUCUUGGCUCUAGGCUUUUUACUAAAGCAAAACAAGUUGGAAUGAUGAAUCAAGGGUACGUUUGGAUUAUCACUGAUGGAUUAACUAAUUUGUUUACUUCAUUGGAGCCUUCAGUGAUUGAAUCAAUGCAAGGAGUGCUAGGUGUAAGGCCUUAUGUUCCGAAAACAAAAGCGCUUGAAGGUUUUCGACUUCGAUGGAAGAGAAAAUUCCAACAGGAAAAUCCAAGCCUUGCUGAUACUGAACUGAACAUUUUUGGAUUGUUGGCUUAUGAUGCUACAAUGGCACUAGCUAUGGCAGUUGAGAACGCUGGUACUACAAACUUGAGCUUUGACAUGACAAAUGUUUCCACCAACGCAACAGACCUUGAAGCUUUUGGUGUCUCCAAAAAUGGUCCUAAACUUCUUGAAUCAUUAUCAGUAACUAGAUUCAGAGGCCUUACUGGAGAUUACACGUUUGUUGAUGGACAGUUGCAGUCGUUAGCUUUUCAGAUACUCAAUGUCAAUGGUGAUGGAGAAACAGGGAUUGGAUUUUGGACUCCAGAGAAAGGACUAAUGAAGAAAUUGAAUUUAACAAGUACAGAUUCUACUUCAAAAUCCCAUCUUAGAUCUAUUAUAUGGCCGGGGGACUCUACAUCUGUUCCAAAGGGUUGGGAAAUUCCAACUAAUGAGAAGAUAUUGCGCAUAGGAGUGCCAAUGAAGAAUGGUUUUAGUGACUUUGUAAAAGUCAUAACAGAUCCUACUACUAACAAAACAGAUGCCACUGGUUAUUGCAUUGAUGUCUUUAAUGCUGUAAUGCAUGCAUUGCCAUAUGCUAUCAAUUAUGAGUUCAUUCCCUUUGAAUUGUCUGAUGGCAUUGGCUCUGGUUCAUAUAACGAUAUGAUUUAUCAAGUCAAGCUUGGGAAAUUUGAUGCUGUGGUGGGAGAUACUACAAUUGUGGCCAACAGAUCACAAUUUGUGGACUUCACCUUACCAUAUACCGAAUCUGGAGUAUCAAUGAUGGUUCCGAUCACAGACAACAACAAAAAUGCAUGGGUGUUCCUAAAGCCCCUGACAUGGGACCUUUGGAUGACAAGUGCUUGUUUUUUCCUUUUCAUUGGACUUGUCAUCUGGGUUCUUGAGCACAGAAUCAAUGAAGAUUUUCGCGGUCCGCCUGAGCAUCAAGUUGGAACAAGUUUCUGGUUCUCCUUCUCGACAAUGGUUUUUUCACACCGGGAGAGAGUGAUAAGCAAUUUGGGUCGGUUUGUGGUGAUUGUAUGGUGUUUUGUAGUCCUCAUACUCACCCAAAGCUACACAGCGAGCCUGACAUCACUCCUUACAGUCCAAAGGCUCCAGCCUACUGUUAGUGAUGUAACAGAAUUGAUAAAGAGAGGGGAAAAUGUUGGGUUUCAGCAGGGUUCUUUUGUUGCAGGAAUCUUGAAAGAUUUAGGCUUUAGCGAAAAAAAACUAUUGGUUUAUGAUUCAGUGGAAGAAUGGGACGCCCUUUUUCAAAAGGGAACUACAAACGGCGGUAUAGCAGCUGCUUUUGAUGAAGUCGCAUACCUUAAGCUGUUUAUGGGAAGACAUUGCUCCAAGUAUACCAUGGUUGAACCAACAUUUAAGACAUCUGGUUUUGGCUUUGCCUUCCCACUUGGUUCACCACUAGUACAUGAUGUUUCAAGGGCGAUCUUAAUUGUGACCGAGGGACCAAAAAUGAACGAAAUUGAAGAUGCAUGGUUCAAGGAAAGCAGCUGCCCUGACCCGAGCUCCUCAGUUUCUUCACAUAGCCUUGGCCUUAAUAGUUUCUGGGGGUUGUUUCUCAUUGCUGGCGUCACUUCAAUCUUGGCUCUCAUCAUUUUCAUGGCCAUUUUUGUUUAUGAACAUAGGGAAGUCUUGAAAGAAUCGGAUCCCAAAUCAUCGUUAUGGACAAGGAUUCGUACUUUGUUAGGAAUCUUUGUUUCCAGGGACCUCAAUUCACAUACUUUCAAAGAAAAAAUUAGCAUCCAAGUCCACAGUUUGGGAGCAGCUACACCUUCUCCUUGCAAUCACUACCCACCAAGUCCCUCAAGCUAUUCACCUUCAACUGAGUACGGCGAUCCAAAUCCUAAUCCAAGUGGUCAAGCACCUGAAGAUAUUGUACCUGCUGUAGAGCUCAUUGACCCAAAUCAAGAAAGAGCUUGAACUCCCUAAGUAGUUCAUGAAGAUAUAUUACGUAGAUAUAUAUUCUCCAUGGCUCAUAUGACAGUAGCAUGGUUACAGAUAAUUGUACAUUGAUAGUGAAGUAACUAGUAUAUAAUGUAAACGAAAGCUUAAUGAAGCUCCUGCGUUUCAUAUAACUUUUCUCCAGUUGUUUAAGUUUAAGCUCUAGUCUACUAGAACUAUAAUAGUUUUGUUGAAGAAAAUGACAAGACUGCUGGUCUCAUGGUACUAUUUGUCACCAUAUUGUUUUCUCAUUAUCUUUUUCUUUAGUUCAUCUGAUGUUUCUGAUCAUUGAGUUUUCUGUUUAUUUUCUUGUAAAAAGUAGCAAUUAGCAUUCCUUUCUAGUUUCUACAUUGGCUUUCCAAUAAAGUUGUACAUUCCAGAGCGUUUGAAGGGACACACACAUCAUUCGGAAAA